GUUCCGCAGGCCUCAUCCUGUGGGACACAAGGCAGGAUGAGCAGGGCAGGUGACAGCUGGGUCCCUCCCAAACAGCUGCUCCACACCCGUAGUGAGGCUGGAUUUGGAUGCAGCCAUGGAUCUGAGGGGACAAUUGCAAGGAAGGAGCCAAGAGAAACCACCUCUGAAGCUUCAAGGUGCAAAUUGGCAAAACCUCUCUUGAGACAACACUGAGCCCAAAGUGCCAUCUCUGCAGCUGGAACAAGGAUUCAACAACCUCUAAGAGCAGCCCCAGGAUGAGGAAUCUCCUUCUUGCUGUGCUCCUGGCUUGUGGGCUGCUCCCAGCUGGCACCAGCAUCCUGGAGCUGGAGCAGAUGAUCAGGUCGACCACAGGGAAGAGUGCCCUGCUCUCCUACAGCUGGUACGGGUGUUUCUGCGGCAUCGGGGGCAGAGGGACCCCCGUGGAUCCCACCGACCGGUGCUGCCAAGCCCACGACUGCUGCUACAGGAGGGUGAGGGAGGGCAAGUGCAGCCCCUUGAUCACCCCGUACACCUUCGCCACUGAUGACGGACACAUCACCUGCAGUAACAAGCAGAGCUGGUGUGAGAGGGAGACUUGCCUGUGUGACAAGGCAGUGGCCUUGUGCUUCGCGAGCACUCUGCCUUCGUACAGUCAUUCCUACCGCUUCUACUUCAAGCUGAAAUGCCAAGGAGACAAGCUCCAGUGCUGAGGAAGGGGAAUCUGCACACAGAGCUCCAGAUUUUGUCUGGUUUCCCCCACUGCUGUGGCAAGAAAAGCCUGGGGUGGGGGCUGAGCAGAAGCAGAGCCCAUGAGGCUCCCUGCGAGGUGCUCAGGGUGAGGAAGGGCACACGUCUUGAAUGGAGACCCCCCCAGUUCUCAGAAAGACCCACCAACGUCCUCUUUUUUGUCCCUUCCUCCUCCCUUGAUUUCACUUCCCAGCAAAGAUAAUAAAGACCUACAAUAAAAGUAA